AGUUUAAGAUGGACGCCAUAUCCGCUUCACAUGUUCACAACAAAUGAAAUAUUGAGUGUUCCUUUGAAGAUAAAUAGUAAUUCAUUGGAAAUAGUACAUGUCGACUAUUAUGUGUGCAUUUCUUUUUUAGAUGUUUACGGCUCAGUCUUGACGAAAUAGAAUGCCUGAAAUAAACGUAACACCGCUUGGUGCUGGCCAAGAUGUUGGGCGCAGCUGCAUCCUGGUUUCCAUUGGUGGAAAGAACAUUAUGUUAGAUUGUGGGAUGCACAUGGGAUACAAUGAUGAUAGACGUUUCCCAGACUUCUCCUACAUCACCCAGAAUGGACGCCUGACAGAGUUCUUGGACUGUGUGAUCAUCAGCCAUUUUCACCUGGAUCACUGUGGUGCUCUGCCUUACAUGAGUGAGAUGGUGGGUUAUGAUGGUCCUAUCUACAUGACACAUCCCACCAAGGCUAUCUGUCCAAUACUGCUGGAAGACUUUCGAAAGAUCACAGUUGACAAAAAGGGAGAAACCAAUUUUUUCACCUCACAGAUGAUCAAGGACUGCAUGAAAAAAGUGGUGCCGCUGAACCUUCACCAAACUGUACAGGUGGAUGAUGAGCUAGAGAUCAAGGCGUACUAUGCAGGCCAUGUCCUGGGAGCUGCCAUGGUUCAAAUCAAAGUGGGAUUAGAGUCAGUGGUUUAUACUGGAGACUAUAACAUGACACCAGACAGACAUUUGGGAGCUGCAUGGAUCGAUAAGUGUCGCCCAGAUAUCCUCAUCUCGGAGUCGACAUACGCCACCACCAUCCGUGAUUCGAAGAGAUGCAGAGAGAGAGACUUUUUGAAGAAAGUGCAUGAGACCAUAGAAAGAGGAGGAAAGGUUCUCAUCCCUGUUUUUGCACUUGGACGAGCGCAGGAACUGUGUAUUCUGCUGGAAACAUUUUGGGAGAGAAUGAACCUAAAGGCCCCCAUCUACUUUUCCACCGGGCUGACAGAGAAAGCCAACCAUUACUACAAACUUUUUAUUACGUGGACGAACCAGAAGAUCCGAAAAACCUUCGUACAGAGGAACAUGUUUGAAUUCAAGCACAUCAAGGCUUUUGACCGCUCCUACGCUGACAACCCUGGACCUAUGGUGGUGUUUGCUACACCAGGGAUGCUUCAUGCCGGUCAGUCUUUGCAGAUCUUUAAGAAAUGGGCCGGUAAUGAGAAGAACAUGGUGAUUAUGCCUGGAUACUGUGUACAAGGAACAAUUGGUCAUAAGAUCUUAAAUGGACAGAAAAAACUAGAGAUGGAAGGGAGAGCAACGUUGGAUGUGAAGCUACAGGUGGAGUACAUGUCAUUCAGCGCCCAUGCAGAUGCUAAAGGCAUCAUGCAACUCAUUCGCAUGGCAGAGCCUCGUAACAUGCUGCUGGUACAUGGCGAAGGUGCCAAGAUGGAGUUUCUCAAGGGCAAGAUUGAGCAGGAGUUCAGUAUUGACUGUUACAUGCCAGCGAAUGGCGAGACUGUAACUGUAAAAACAAACCCCAGUGUUCCUGUGGAUAUCUCACUCAACCUGCUCAAGAGGGAGAUGGCUCUCGGAGGUCCUCUGCCUGAUCCCAAAAAACCUCGCCCCAUGCACGGAACUCUGAUUAUGAAAGAAAAUAGCUUGAAGCUGGUUUCAUCAGAACAGGCUCUGAAGGAACUCGGCCUCAACGAACACCAGCUGCGAUUCACAUGUCGUGUGCAGCUCCAGGACCCACACAGUGACGCUGACACACUCCAUAGAAUCUACACACACUUGAAAGGCUUAUUGAAAGGUUACAGUAUCCAGCACCUCCCUGAUGGCACCGUCAUGGUGGAGUCCAUCGUCAUCAAGGUGUCGUCCUCCUCUGAAGACACCAACACCAAAGUGUUGCUGCUGUCGUGGAGUUAUCAGGAUGAAGACCUGGGCAGUUACUUGUCAAAUCUGCUGAAAAAAGGCCUUCCAUCUGGACUGUGCUGAAAGACAUAAAAGAAAAACAUUCAACAUUCAAAGCAAUUCUUGCACCACCAGCAGGGGAACCAUGAACUUCAGGAGAUGACCAACAAAUCAUUUUACACUUCCAUCUCUUGUUAAAAAAUAAUGCAUAAAAUAUCUGGGCAUCAGUUUCUGACACAAUGUGAAUAAAGGUUUUUUUUUAU